UAGUUGUCUCUCUUUGUCUACCAAAUUAUGAGUGUUUAAAUAAAUAACUGAAUGGCAGUUUAAAAAAUGAAUGACGUGGACGCUAUUUGUAACUUGAAAACCGGGUUGAUCGAUGCCAGGAAAUUUCGUUCGAACCAGGCAACCAAGAGAGUCUCUAGAUUGUGUCUCAGUAACUUCCAAGAAGUUGAAAACUCCCAUUCUGCAGGGAUCAACACCAUAGAUCUGGACAAAGUAGAAGGAAGAUAUUUACUCUCCGGUAGUGCUGAUGGAAGCAUUCACAUUCAUGAUGUUUUGAAUCAGAGCGGAAAUUUGCAGUUUACUUGUAAAAAUGUGGGGAAGAUUGACAGGCAAAGUAAUCGUUACUGCCAUAAGUACAGCGUGGAGUGUGUUCAGUGGUACCCCUUGGAUACAGGAAUGUUCCUGUCUAGUGGCAUGGAUAAACAUUUGAAAAUUUGGGAUGCCAAUGCACAAAUCCCAGCUGAUGUUGUCAUCAUCAAUGGUAAAAUAUACCAUCAUCAUAUGUCUCCCAAUGCAACUCAACACAACUUGGUGGCGGUGGCAAGCACAGCAAACCAAGUGUUUUUGGCUGAUCUACGGAGUGGGUCAACCACCCACGAGUUGAGAAGCCAUAGUUCGUCAGUAUUAAGCGUUAAGUGGUCACCGAUGCAAGAGUUCCAGCUUGCCUCUGGUUCGAUGGACAAUCGACUUUUAAUGUGGGACGUGAGAGCCUCCAGGAGUUGUCUGUUUUCCAUGGAUCAGGACAAUGGAAGAAAUCAUGCUAAUGUUGAGAAGACCACAGCACACAACGGCUAUGUGCAUAGUUUGUCCUUCACCAGCGAUGGCCUUUUCCUAAUUUCUGUUGGGACAGAUAGCCGAAUGCGUUUAUGGAACAGUGAAACAGGACGUAACGAGAUGAUCAAUUAUGGCAAGAUCCUUAUGGAAAGUAAGAAAGGAACGCGGUUCGACAUCUCAUCAGACACGGAGCCACAAAUGGUUUUCGUGCCUUCUCAGGGGAAUAUUCUGGUCUACGAGUUAACUACAGGUAUCAAACGAGCUGCGUUACUAGGCCAUUACAAUACAGUCACCUGUUGCGCUUACAAUGAAAACCUGCAUACACUCUAUAGCGGUAGCAACGAUCGCAACAUUUUGGUUUGGGCACCAGAGGCAGCAGAAACAAUACGGGAAGAUCCUGUUAAUAAGGAUGUUGAAUUCGGAUCUAGGAGUUUAAUGCCAAGAAGAACUCUUACGGAAGACGCCUGGAGUAGUGAUGAAGGAUGAUGUAAUCAUGUAACCUUUUUAAAGAUAAAUGUUGUGGACAACUUAUCGGUUUCAAAACUAGUUUGCCGGCUCCUUCUAUCAUCAUGUCAUGUAAUAUACUGUAUCACUUGGGAAGCAAAUAAAAUUAUUCUUGUGUAUUUAAAA